AUCGCGGCGGCGCAUGGGCUCUCUAUGCUCGGAUGGUGGUCAGUGACGGUUGGCGGCGGUGGAGCGUCGCGGGGGUGGAGGGGAGGGUCGCGCGGCCUUUAAGGCGGCGAUAAGAUGGCGAUGGCGGCGGCUGAGGGAAGCCCAGCAGUGGAGCCGGCAGCGUCGCCGCUGACAGAGGGGAACGACGACGAGGAGGAGGCUGAGCCGCCUCAAGAAGAGGAAGAGGAGGAAGACGACGAGGCGGCGGGACCGAGCAGCGGCAGCGGCAGCGCGGGGUUCCGCUUGACGGCGGUGCGUCGCGAGCCGGCAGUGCGGCUGCAGCACGGCGUGAGCGGUGUGGAGCCGCUGGCUUGGUCCGAGGACCACCGCGUGUCGGUCUGCACAGCCCGCAGCAUCGCCGUCCUGGAGCAGCUCAGCGACGUCCAGGGCGGCGGCGGCGGAGGAGGAGGAGGUGGAAGCAGCGGCGCUGACCUCGUUAUCCACCGCACGGCCGUGCCGGCCCCCGCCGCCGCUUGUCACCUCAAGGUUGGUUCAAAAAAGGAAGCUGCUGAAUGUAAGGAAAAGUUUGCCAGUUCUAAGGAUCCAACCGUGAGCCAGACGUUAAUGUUGGACAGGGUGUUUAACCCCGAAGGGAAGUCGCUGCCGUCCAUGCGAGGUUUCAGAUACUCCAGUUGGUCUCCGCUGGGCUGUGAUGCAAACAGCAGGUGCCUCCUGGCAGCAUUAACCAUGGACAACAGGUUGACCAUCCACGCUAACCUUGACAGACUUCAGUGGGUGCAGUUGGUUGACCUGACUGAGCUCUAUGGAGAGCGCCUGUUUGAGAACGGCUACCGGCUUUGUAAGGGUGAGGGUCCCAGGGUGGAUUUAGGGGACUUCUCCGAAUUCCAAAGAAGGCACAGCAUGCAAACCCUGGUGCGCAUGGAAUGGUCUGGAAUCUGCACCACCCAGCAGGUGAAGCAUAAUAAUGAGUGUCGGGAUGUGGGCAGCGUGCUGCUAGCUGGAAUCUUUGACAAUGGCAAUAUUGCCAUCUGGCAGUUCCAGCUCCCAUUUAUGGGCAAGGAAUCAAUUACCUCUUGCAAUACUAUUGAAUCAGGAAUCACUUCCCCCAGCGUAUUGUCAUGGUGGGAAUAUGAGCACAAUAAUAGGAAGAUGAGUGGUCUCAUUGUUGGGAGUGCUUUUGGACCCGUUAAAAUCCUCCCCGUCAACCUUAAAGCAGUCAAGGGCUAUUUCACCCUCAGGCAACCGGUGGUUUUGUGGCAAGAGAUGGACCAGUUGCCUGUACACAGCAUCAAGAGCAUUUCCCUCUACCACCCAUAUCAGAAAUGCAGCUGUAGCUUAGUGGUGGCCGCAAGAGGAUGCUAUGUGUUCUGGUGUCUUCUUUUAAUCUCCAAAGCAGGUUUAAAUGUUCAUAAUUCACAUGUUACAGGGCUCCACUCUCUCCCAAUCAUUUCCAUGACAACAGACAAACAGAAUGGGACUGUCUACACAUGCUCUAUUGAUGGGAAGGUCAGGCAGCUGAUUCCCAUCUUCACGGAUGUUGCAUUGAAAUUUGAGCACCAGCUGAUAAAGUUGUCUGAAGUGCUUGGCUCUGUGCGGACUCACGGGAUCGCAGUAAGCCCAUGUGGGGUGUACCUGGCAGUAGUGACCACAGAAGGCAUGACCAAUGGCCUCCACCCUAUCACCAAGAGCUACCAGGUCCAGUUUGUGACUCUUAAAACAUUUGAGGAGGCAGCAGCCCAGCUGCUAGAAUCAUCUGUCCAAAACCUUUUCAAGCAGGUUGACCUCACGGAUCUUGUCCGCUGGAAGAUCUUGAAAGAUAAGCACAUUCCACGAUUCCUACAGGAAGCCUUGGAGAAAAAGAUUGAGAGCUUUGGGUCCACUUAUUUUUGGCGCUUUAAACUGUUUCUCUUGCGGAUUUUGUACCAGUCACUGCAGAAGGCUCCCUCUGAGGCCCUGUGGAAGCCAACCCAUGAGGACACAAAAGUCUUAAUAGCACAUUCCCCUGGGAUGGGCACCAGUGAAGAUCAUCAACAAGACAAAGGCACUUCAAAACAGGGCAGCAAGCAGAAUCCAAGCGACAUAAUCCGAGGAGCAGAUGUGGAUGAUCUGGCAGAUGACUCUCUUGUCUACUCCAGUGACAUAGGAGGACGGGAGCCAAUGGAAGAUAAGCUUCUUGAAAUCCAAGCUCAGAUUGAAGCAGUUGAAAUGCAUUUGACACGGGAACAUAUGAAGCAAGUGUUGGGCGAAGUCUACCUUCACACAUGGAUUACGGAGAACACCAGCAUUCCCACGAGGGGAGUCUGCGACUUCUUAAUGUCUGAUGAAAGUUAUGAUGACAGGACAGCAAGGGUGCUGAUUGGGCAUAUCUUAAAGAAAAUGAACAAACAGACUUUCCCAGAGCACUGCAGCUUGUGCAAAGAGAUCCUGCCGUUCACAGAUCGCAAGCAGGCAGUUUGCUCCAACGGACACAUUUGGCUCAGGUGCUUUCUUACCUAUCAAGCCUGCCAAAGCCUGGUGUACAGAAGAUGCUUGCUACGUGACAGCAUCGCCCGGAAUCCAACCCCAGAAGAUCCUGAUUGGAUCAAGAGGUUGCUGCAGGGGCCUUGCAGUUUUUGUGACUCUCCUGUUUUCUAAAGAACAAGAUUGGGAGCCUGAUGUAUGUUUUUCCAGCGCACAAAGCACCACUAACCCUGGAAACUGCCUGAAGGUGCAAGCAUGUAAAUUACCCAGAAAGGAACUUUUGAGUAGAAGACAGUGAGCUGGACAUGCUUAGUGGUCCAGCAUCCCAUUUCAAACCUGAGAGGAAGCAGAAAAGCCUUCUGUUGGGAAAACUUCAGCACAGACACUUUGGAAACAGCCCUGACCCAUCCCAGUUAAGCAUCGGUACUUGACUCCUUUCUUUUCUUGUCAAGUAGGGUCUGGAAUUGGAGAAAUGCACCGGGGCCGACUUCACACCACCCUCCAGCCUGCUUCAUUUGGCAAUGGGAUGCUUUUCGUGCAAAGAUCCCAGCAGUGGGGGAUACCGCUGCUGCUGCCGCCACUGCUGCUACUACUUCAUAGGACUGCAUAGAAAUUCAUAGGACUUGAUAGGACUUCAUAGGAAUUCAUAGGAGUUCAUAGGAAUUCAUAGGACAGCAGGAUUUGAGCCUGCUUUUUGCCUCUUUCAUUUAUUUUUCAAUAAAUGUUUUGAACAAAUGGUGCUCACUGUGCCAGAGACAAUUAAAUAUUUAGAAAUAACAUGCGGGUUUAAGAAUAUUUUUUAAAAUGUCCUGCAUGCCCAUUACAUGAGGGUGAAUAUCCUGACCAUUUCACUCCUACAGAGGUUGGCAAUCAAGUCCAGUGGCUUCUUAUAGGAAACCUUAAUCCCUCUGUGCCAAAUGUGGGGUGGUAAGUUUUAAAAGGCUAAUCAAGCUAUUUCAGCAAUGGAGCAUGUCACACGAGGCCUCUUUUCUAAAAGUCUGAGCAUCAGCAUUUUUGAUCAAACUCUUCUUGCCAGUGAAUUUUUACCCCCUUGCAGCCCAGUUCCCCCUUCUAAUCGCAUAAUCCCCUCCCAAAUUUUUGCCAGUGCCUUUUUUUUUUUUUUAGCAACAAUUAUGCUUGCCAGGAAUUCUUCUUCCUCCCAUUAUAGAUGGAUACAUUAUUUGUAGCUGUUGGCUUUGGCAGUCAAUAUGUUAGAAAAUGCAACCAGGCAAAUGUCUAACUUUCCCACCAAAGUUCUUCGGCCAUUCACUCUUGUCUUAUGAAAUGAAGCUAUCCAGCCAGAGAACUAACACUUGUAGAAAUCCAUUUUCUCUUUCAGUUUAGCUGCUUAGGGCUCUGCUUGCAGAGAGGUGGGGUGUAAAUGUUUUAAAUAAAAUUAAAACAUUUGCAGCUUGCUGUGGCAGAAUCUACAGCUGGAUCCCUCCCACAGGAGGUGGUGAUGGCAACCAACUUGCAGAGCUUUAUAAGAGGAUUAAACAGGUGGAUAAGGCUGUGUUCUCACUCUGCUGUCAAAGGUGGUAUGCCUCUGAAUACCAGUGGUUGGAAACCAGAGGGAAGGGGAGACAGAGGCGCCAGCUUCUGAAGGUGAAUGGGGGAGUGUGUCGUGGUACAUGAUGUCAGGAUGUUGGAGGAGCUGGGGGCAGAGCCGAACGUGGCAGCAGUGCAGUGGCAGCCCAGCUUCAAUGGCCGUGUCUCCUGCUGCUGCUGCUGCUGCUGCUGCUGCUGCUGCUGCUGCUGCUGCUGCUGUUGCCACCAUCAGGGUCUGUUUCCCUGCUCCUUUCGCUCCAUGACUGGAGGAGGAGAAGCCAGCUACUGAAGCCACGCCACGCUUGGCCGCCUCUGCUGCUUUUGGACUUGGGGGCCCUCCCCCAAAAAUUGGGAGGGCAAAAGGGCUCAGCUCCUAGGAGAUGGCACCCCUGAGGGAAGAGUAUUCUUGUACUCAGGUCUUGCUUAUGGGCAUCCCAGAAGGGGCUGUGCCACUGUGAGACCUGGAUGCUGGACUAGAUGGGUCAUUGGCGUCAUCCAGCAGGGCUCUUCUUAGGUUCUUACAAGCUGCAGCAGAAUAAAUCAGAGGUUCUCAGAACUACUUCAGACUGUGUAGUGGGGAGCACAUUUGUAGCACUUCUCUCUGUAAAUAAUAAAGUCACCAGUAAAGAGUUCCUGCAGGUUAAAAUCAAAUAUUCUGCUGCAUAUGUAGGCUAAGCCCUCUGAGGACAUGCCCUUCAUAGGAGUGAGCAGGAAUUCUCUAGGACUCCAUUCAUAGGCUGUAGGUACACUUUUUAGUUGUCCUUGACCAAAAUAGUGCACUUUAAAAGGUGGAGGUCAAUUUGGAUUGACCAACCAGUUCAUGGAAAUAGGAAUUUAUUGGCAGGGUGAACCGAAAGGGAUCAUAAAAUGUUGUUGGUUAUGUUAAUCAUUUUGUGCUUUGGGGCUGAUGUUUUUAGUGCCUCUGAUGACUUUGUUCUAAUGCUUUCUCCUGAAGUUAUCUACUGCUCCCCUUGUACUUUCCAAGAAGGUCUUUCACGCUGUGGGUAUGAAAGAUCCAUGUAAGCAGGUCAAGAUGAUAGUCCUCACCCUACAACUCCAGCAUGAAGGUCUCCUCCAGUUUAAAAGGAUCUUGAAUAGAACAGUGAGUGCAGUCUUGAGAGUAACUACAAAUCAGUGUAGACAACACUGGGCUCAAUAGGUUGAUGGCAAAGUGAUCUACUUUUUGUUUUGUUUUUUAUUCUGGAGAUGAGUAGACCCUGCUAGAGGAGGCAGUGCUAUUUCCCAGCCAUCACUCCCCACCCCCACCCCCACCCCUAGCUCUGCCUGUUGGAGCCCAUUCUCAGCCUAUUGAGAGGACCUAAAUAGUACGCAUUAGGCAGUAUGCUGGGUUAAUUGGAUUAAAACAGUGUAAAAGGCUAAUUAAAUAUUGAACAAUGUAUUCUUGCUAUGGUAAGCUGAGCAAGAGAGUGGAGUGUAUGGAGCUGAAUUCUCAUCAAUCAGCACUACUGAAGAACUCCACAAACUGCUGUAAUAGAUUUGGUGUUGUGUAGGAGGUUAUAUGCGGGCAAAAUACAGCACCUGUACUUCUACUAGAUGGAUUUCAAUUCUUUCCUGUAUUGACUUUCUACUUCCUUCCAAAGGUAAAUGCCCAGUAUCUUUAGUUGCAGAGAGAUUUAACAAUGGGAGGAACCCACUGAACCCUCAGAAGCACAUGAGAGCUGAGUUCAGACUCAGUUCUGUUUUUCAACUGUCUUGACUGUGACAAAACUUGUCAAGUGGCUGACUCAAGCCCAUGGCAGUUGAAGGGGCCAAUUUUUGAUGAAGGAACAUUGUAGAAUCAAAAUGGAGGAGCACCAGUCUGCUGCUGCUG